AUGGCCUUGAACGCCGCCUCUCACAAUAUUACUGGUGAGCCAACUGGCUCUCCGUCUGGCCCUCCCCCACCUGUGUCCUCUGAAACCACCUCCGCAGUACAAAAUGCAGCCAAAACGGAUUCUCUUGGUCAAAAUGUGCCCGGCAAGGAUCUGCAAGGUAACGAUAAAGGCCAGACUGUGAUAGGAGAAGCUGGGAAGGAGAAAACUGCCAAAGAAAUUGAAAAGGAACGUAAGAAAGCUGAGAAGCUCGCCAAGUUCCAAGAAAAGCAGUCGAAGAAGCAAGCAACUCCGGCCGCUGCACCCAAAGAGGUCAAGGAAAAGAAGGUCAAAAAGCCUGCCGCCGCUGAUGCGUACGAACCCCAAAGGAUCGAAUCGGACAGGUACGAAUGGUGGGAGAGCAGAGGAUACUUCAAGCCCCAAUUCACCAAGGACGGCAAGGUCAAGCCAGAAGGCAAAUUCGUCAUUCCUAUUCCGCCUCCCAAUGUCACAGGCUCCCUCCACAUGGGCCAUGCCUUGACCAACGCCCUGCAAGAUGCAAUGAUUCGCCACGCGAGAAUGAAGGGAAAGACAACCGCUUGGAUCCCUGGUUGUGAUCAUGCUGGUAUUGCAACCCAGACUGUGGUGGAGAAGAUGAUCUACAAGACUGAAGGCAAGACCAGGCACGACCUUGGUCGUCCUGCGCUGCUGGAGAAAAUCUGGGAAUGGAAGCAGAAAUACCAUGGUAACAUCACCAACCAGUUGAAGCGACUCGGUGGUUCUAUGGACUGGAGUCGAGAAGCAUUCACCAUGGAUGAGAAUCUUUCUCUCGCUGUAAGGAAGUCUUUCAUCGACAUGUACGAGGAAGGCAUUAUCUACCGAGCCAACCGCCUGGUAAAUUGGUGUUCAGCCCUCAGUACCUCGCUGUCCAAUCUUGAGGUUGACAACAAGGAAUUGAAGGGUCGAACCAAGUUGAAAGUGCCCGGUUACGACAAGAUGGUCGAGUUCGGAGUGCUUACCUACUUCAAAUAUCCCAUCAGCAAUGGCGAUGACUCGCACAAGACUUCUAGUUCUCCAGACCGGUUCAAGAACCAUGAAUUCAUCGAGAUCGCAACCACUCGACCGGAAACUAUGUUGGGUGAUACAGGUAUUGCUGUACAUCCGAACGAUAAGCGAUAUCAGCACCUUGUUGGCAAAUACGCCAUUCAUCCUUUCCUUCCCAAUCGGAAGAUCAUCAUCUUUGCAGAUGAAGAAGUUGAACAAGAGUUUGGUACAGGUGCUGUGAAAAUCACGCCAGCCCAUGAUCCUAACGAUUUCAACAAGGGCAAGAAGCACAACCUGGAAUUUAUCAACAUUCUUACUGAUGAUGGUCUAAUGAAUGCCAAUGCUGGUCCGUACGAAGGUCACAGGAGGUUCGACGUUCGCUACGAAGUCCUCAGUGCUCUGAAAGAGCUUGGCCUCUACACGAAGCAGGAAGACAACCCAAUGACGAUUCCGAUGUGUCAGAGAAGUAAGGACGUGGUGGAACCAGUGCUCAAGCCGCAAUGGUGGAUGAGAAUGGCCGAACUUGCUCAAGAGGCAGACAAAGCGGUCCUUGAUGGAAAAAUUCUCAUCAGACCUGAGUCAGAAUCACGACGAUUCCAUUAUUGGAUGCAAAACAUUCAAGAUUGGUGUAUCUCUCGACAACUCUGGUGGGGCCAUCGAGCACCAGCCUAUUUCAUCCAGCUGGAAGAUGGGACGAGCGAUGAUGCUGAUGGAAAAUUCUGGGUGUGUGCUUACGAUGAGGCCGAGGCUCGCACGAAAGCCGAGAAGAAGUUUCCUCAUCAGAAGUUCUCCUUACAGUGGGACGAAGAUGUCUUGGAUACAUGGUUCUCGAGUGGAUUGUGGCCCUUCUCCACGUUGGGCUGGCCAAAAGAGACUUCUGACCUUCGCUCGCUCUAUCCUACCGAGGUUUUAGAGACUGGAUGGGAUAUUUUGUUCUUCUGGGUGGCUCGAAUGGUGAUGCUUGGGCUGAAGCUGACUGGUGAUGUCCCUUUUACUGAAGUAUACUGUCAUUCCCUCAUCCGAGACGCCGAGGGACGAAAGAUGUCGAAGUCUUUGGGCAACGUCGUUGAUCCUCUCGACAUUAUUCGUGGCAUCACCCUGGAAAACCUUCACGAAACGCUUUACGCGGGCAAUCUGGACGAAGCUGAAAUUGACCGAGCGAAAGCGUACCAGAAGAGUGCAUUCCCGAAGGGUAUUGAAGAGUGUGGUGCUGAUGCACUGCGAUUUACCUUGGUGAACUACACGACUGGUGGCGGUGACAUUGCAUUUGAUAUUCGAGAGAUUGAAGCGAAGCGUCGAUUCUGUAACAAGAUCUACCAAGCAACCAAUUUCGCUCUUGGAAGACUGGGCGAAAAUUUUGCAGCAGAUGCGACCGCCACUGACAACAAGCCCAAGUCCCUAGCAGAGAAAUGGAUCCUCCAUCGGCUAAAUCAGGCUACAAAAGAGAUCAAUCAAGCGAUGGAGAAACGAGAGUUCUCGGUGGUUGCGGGUACUCUCUAUCAGUAUUGGUUCAAUGUGCUCUGUGACACAUUCAUUGAGAACUCCAAACACAUUCUCACGCCCGAGGCGCCCGAAGAUGAGAGACGCUCGGCUCAGCAGACACUGUAUACUGCACUUGAAGGGGGUCUCUUGUUGAUGCAUCCACUCAUGCCAUUCUUGACCGAGCAUUUAUGGCAGAAGCUCCCUCGUCGCAAGGGUGACAGCACAGAAAGUAUUAUGAUUGCGAAAUACCCCGAGUUCACAGAAGCUCUAGAAAAUCCCAAGGCAGCGGAGGAAUACGAAUUCAUCAUGGAUGUUGCAGCUGGAGGUCGCAGCCUGUUAUCAAACUACGGGUUUAAAGAGCCGGGCGACCUAAUCAUCCAAACCUACUCCGAGUCCGCGUUCAAGACCGCCUCAGCAGAGCGGACAUCGAUCAAAUCACUGGGUGGCAAGUACGCAGGACAAAUCGAGGUUCUCGCACCCAGUACCGACUCGUCGCCUCCUUGCGGUUGCGCCCUCCAGAGCAUCAACGCAGACGCUGCUGUGUAUCUCAAGAUUGCAGGACGGAUAGAUAUCGAGGCAGAGCUCAAGAAACGACAAAAGGGAAUUGAAGAGGCAAAGGCAAAGGUGGAGAAGCAGAAGAAAAUCAUCAGCGGUGCAGGCUGGACCAAGGCGAGCAAGGAGACACAAGCCAAGGAAGAAGAAAAGUUGGCCGAUUCAAAGAGUGAGGUGCAGAGACUGGAAGAGGCGAUCAAAGACCUGGAGAGACUGAAGAUGGAGUAG